AUGCUGGAAGACUUAACAGUCAGACUCCCUCUCAUGAGUGCAAUCCAGAUGAUGCCAUCCAUGAGUAGCUUUGUGAAAGGACUAAUUUCUGGAAAGAUAACCGAUGACAGUGAGUUCAUGGUAGUCUCUAAAGAGUGCAGCGCUGUUCUCCAGAACAAAAGGAUCAAGAAGCUAGGUGAUCCUGGAAAAUUUGUCCUAUCCAUCCAAAUAGGGAGAACAGUCUUCUCGUGUUCGCUAGUCGAUCUGGGAUCAAGCAUCAACCUCAUGCCGUACUCUGUGGCUAAGCGCCUAGGAUUCACAGAUUUCAAACCUACCAGGAUGUCCCUAGUGUUUGCUGAUCGAUCAGUGAAAUCUCCAGUCGGAAUUAUCGAGGAUAUCCAGGUUCUGGUUGGGAACACACUUGUCCCUGCCGAUUUCGUUGUUCUGGAACUUGAGGAAGAAUCAAAGGAUCCUCUGAUCCUAGGCAGACCAUUCCUAUGCACUGUCGGAGCUAUCAUAGAUGUGCGACAAGGAAAAAUCGAUCUCCACCUAGGAGACAUUGUGAUGAGGUUCGAGAUGAAUCAGAUGCUCAAGAAACCUAUGCUAGAUGGACAAACCUUCACUGUCCAAGAGGAGGGUGAUCCGCUGGAACCGAGUGAUCAGAUGAUUGAGGAGAUCCUAAUAGAUGAUCCGCUGGAACUAGCUCUGACUAGAGCUGAAGCAGAACAGAAUGUCCAGAACAUCGACGCUGAUGGGUACGCCAAGAUGUUGGAUUCCGCCAGAACCAUGGAAAGAUUAGUGGCAUAUCUUAGUCUGGGGGAGAAACUUGCCUCAGACUCAUCGAGCUCGCCUGUUCCACCAAGUAGGAACAAUGACCCGUGGAGUGAAUCCAAAGCUCCAAAAGUCGAGCUCAAAACACUCCCUAAGGGGCUCAGGUACGCAUUUCUUGGACAAAAUUCUACAUACCCAGUAAUCGUAAAUGCUGAUCCUGAACAAUGCUGA